AUGGUGCCCGCCGGCGCGCUGGAGCCGAAAUGGUCGAUGCCGACGGCCUUGCCCUUGCUGCCGACGUACUUGUGCUACCCGAGCGUGGCGUCGGCCUCGACGCUGACCCUGGCGGUGACGACGCCGGGGAGGACGCUUUCCUUGUAUUCCUCGGUCUGCUCGUCGAACAGCUCCCAGCUGACGAGCGACACCACGCGGACCUUCUUCCCUCCUUCCUCAGCUCCUCCGCUGCCUUGGUGGCGAUCUCCAGCUCCGAGCCGGUGCCGAGGAGGAUGAGGUCGGGCUUGCCGUCGCCGGAGUUGUCGGAAACGGUGUACCCUCCCUUCUCGACUCCUUCAACUGAGGUCCCCGGGAGGUGGGAGAGCUUCUGCCGGGAGAGAGCGAGCACGGAGGGCCGCUUCCUGUUGAGGAUGGCCACUUUGUAGGCGCCGGCAGUCUCGGUGCCGUCCGCCGGGCGGAGCAUCAGGAUGUUGGGCAUCGCCCGGAAGCUCACCAGAUGCUCGAUCGGCUGGUGCGUCGGUCCGUCCUCCCCAGCCCGAUGGAGUCGUGGGUCAUCAUGACGUAGAUAACCCCGCCUCGCACAGGGCGGAGAUCCUCAUGGCCGCGCGCAUGUAGUCGGUGAAGACAAAGAACGUGGCGCAGUAGGGGAUGAGCCCAGGGCUGUGGAGGCCGAUACCAUUGCAAAUGGCGCCCAUCCCGUGCUCCCUCACCCCGAACCGGACGUUCCUCUCCUCCGGCGUGUCCUUCUGGAAGUCACCGAACAUCUUCAGCAGUGUCAUGUUGGAGGACGCGAGGUCGGCGCUGCCGCCGAGGAGCCCUGGCAGCACCUUCGCCAAGGCGAUGAGACACUGCUGCGACAGGUUCCUCGUCGCAUCGCAAAUGCUCUCGGGGUUGUAAGUCUGCACAACAAUCGGAGGACGCCAGGCGACUUCAGAAAGAGCCCCUACCAUAUAUACAUAUAUAGCCACAGAAAGAAACGGAGGAAAUCCCAGUGCCGAAAGAUUAUUCAAGCUCACCGGGAGGACCUUCUCCCAUCCACGGGGCAACUCCCGCUGAUUAUCCCCUUCAGGGUCUCCGUCUCCUCCUCGUACUUGUUCUCGUACUCCGCGAACUUGGCGUUCCACUCGGCCUCCAGGGCGGCGCCUUCGGGGACAUGACGGCUCCAGUGGCUGUCAUAGCGCCGCCCAGAAACUCCAGUCGCCAGGAAACAACGCCCGGGCUGGCUCCAUUAAUGAGGGGUGAAGAAACAGGAGAUCCAUCUCCACGACGGGCAGGUACCUCUGGACGUCCUCGGGCACGUGGAAGGGCUCGUAGGGCCACCCAAGAUUCUGCCUGGUCGCGUCAACUUCCUUCGCUCCGAGAGCGCUUCCAUGGACGGCGUAGGAGUUGGCCUUGUUCGGCGACCCGAAGCCAAUGGUGGUAGUCAACUACAGGGUCGCCACAGAAACAGCAACAUCACUUCAUAACCACAAAUGUAAUUAACCGGCGACAAGAGGCGCCGGCUAGGAGGUAGGGACAUGCCUUUAUCAGGGUGGGCUUGUCCGUGACGGCCUUCGCUUCCGCAAUGGCAGCGCGGAUCUCGUCGUAGCCAGUGUUGCCGUUCUUGAUCCAGAUGGUGUGCCAGCCGAGGGCCUUGAAGCGGGCGCUGACGUCCUCGGUGAAGGCAAUCUCCGUGUCGCCGUCAAUCGAGAUGUGGCUGUCAUCGUAGAAAGCAAUCAGCUUUCCGAGGCCCCAGUGCCCCGCCAGAGAGCAGGCUUCAUUUGAUAUUCCCUCAAUCUGGCAACCGUCCCCAAGGAUCACAUACCUAUCAUAAGCACACAUCUACGUCGAGGUCAAUGACAGGGGCUAGCGAGGGAUAGAGAGAGAGAGAAAGCGAGAGAGGGAGGGAGGGAGGGAAGGAGGAGAGAGAGAGAGAGAGAGAGAGAGAGUACGUGUAAUGGUUUACGAUUUCAUCGUCGGGCUUGUUGA